CUCUCUCAGUCAGUCAGCGCAAAGAGAGCGAGUGGAGCAACUUUCUCUCGAGCAAACUCAACUAUCUGCCUCGAUUAUAUGACUUUAUUAAUGUCAGGAGGCUGUGGGAGGAUGUCCUCGACUAUUGAAUACUGUUAAUAGAGGUAAAGCGCGUCUCUUUAGUGGUUUACUGCUGUGUAAAGUGUGGAUUGUUAACCGAGGAGGUGCGUUGACAGACCGCGGGAAAAUGUCGUUACUUCCUGUGCGAAGAAGUCUUGGCGCGACAUUACAGUUGUAAACAACGGGAGGACACACAACCGUGCUCAACAAAGAUCGCCUUAUCAAACGGAGCCACAGCAGUACUGGAAAAUGGAGGACAUUGACGCAGAUUAUGCUUCUGUUUUUGAAGUGGGUAUCAAUGAAGACUCUGUGGAUAUCUACGAUGGCCUGGACAGCAACAUGAGCAGCAAUGCAGAGAAGUCACCUCCGCAUGCCUCUCGACUGAAGGAGUCGAUGGAUCUGUACGAAGAGAUGGUGACGGAGGAGCAGCAAAGCAGAGAGUCGACGUUCUCCGAGCUGAAGAGCAGAUUCCAAGCAGCUCAGAAUCAAAUCAAAGAGCUGCAUCGGAGAUUGGAGCAGAUGGAAUUUCAGAACACCCGGUUAAACACAGAGAACGUCAGUCUCAAGAAGAACAUCUCGGCACUCUUACGGACGGCAAAACAGGAAGUGACCAGAAAAGAUGCUGAGAUCCUGAGAUUGAACCAACAGUCAAUGAAAGGUUUCAAUCAUCAACAUCAUAGUCAGUCUCACAAUAAUCUGCGGGACCAGAAUUCAUCUAGUCGAACCUCAACAGGCAGCUCCAGUAGGCCACCUCCUCCACCUACCUCUAAAGUUCCUCCACCACCCUCCAAACCUCCUCCACCACCUUCAGGUCCUCCACCUCCACCCUCCAGUCCUCCUCCCCCUCUCCCCCCUCUACCACCUUCACUUCCGAGGGAGAAUAAACCUACAUCCAGGAGGGAUCCUCCUCAACCUUCCAGAAAGGAAACCACGUCUAAGCCUGACGGACCCAGCAUCGAGACAAGAGCUUCAAAAGCAUCCUCUGACGUUCACUCGAGAGGUUCCUCAAAAGGGGAUUGUGAUGCGCCUGAUAGAUCCAGCAACUGUCCUUCGACCCGGCAUAAAGAGUCAGACAAACACAAGUCCAAGCAUAGAGAUGAAAGAUCUGACUCAACGAGCAGGAGACAUAGAACUGGUUCGGAUCCCAACAAGGACUGUCAUGCCCCAGAGAAAAGCAGAUCUCACAGAGAACACAAAGACGCAGAGCGCAGAUACGACUCCAGGUCAGGUAAAGGCAGGAACCACCUAAACAGUGAGGGGCACCACAGAUCAGAGAGGACCAAAAGCCCUCCACCAGAGAUUUUACACAGUGAGAAGUCGAAAACACGAGAUCAGAGACAACUCAAAGCCAAACUGUCCAUGUCAGACUCUGAACAUAGCUCCAAAGAGAGUCACAGCAGAGAGCAUAGAAAAAUCAAGGGUGAUGACAGACAUGUUAAACGCUCAGACUCAAAGGACCGGAAAAAGUCCUCUUCAAAUCAACACUCUGAACACAGCAGAGAUACCUCAAAAGAAAAGGAAGGGCAAAGACUGUCUAAGAGUGAUAACAUGAAGGAGAAAAAAGGACAUGAAGAAGACUUAAACAGAAGGCAUAAGAGGAGAACUUUGUUGGAACCAAGCAAAGAAUCUGAGAAAUCAAAAGAAUCAGACAGACAUAACGCUCCUGUCUGUAGUCAGGAAAGAAAAGAGAAGACUGAAGAGGCCCUCAAGACAACAUCGGAGGGACCUAAAGAGACUCAGAAAAGCUCUGUGGAGGAAAACAGUCCAAACAGGAAACUGUGCUUUAUGGAAACUUUGAAUCUAACCCUUUCACCGAUAAAGAAGCCAGUGUUGCCCAUCGAAGACCUCGCACUGCCAGACAAAGUGGUUGUAACCACACCUGAUGAUGAGAGUUCGCAGCCUAACGUUGAAGACAUGUGUGUGAUCGAUGAAGUUGACAGCAGUGAGUUAGAAGCAGAGCCGUCUACAGAUGAGCCUAAAACACUGCCAAGUCCUGAAAAGUCACAUAAGAGGCGUGAUGAAGGAGGAGAUGAUGAGCAAAAGGACAAAAACAGAAGUGAAACUGACAAGCAGCUUGAAAAUCAUUCAGUCCAAACUACCUCAGAUAAGAACACACUACCAGAUACUGCAGAGACUCAGGUGACUGUGAAACUCACAGCCAAACCAUUGCAGAAGGGUUCUCUACAGCUCGCUGACAUUUCAAAAGAAGAUAAAACCAAGCUUGUAUCAGACAGCACAAAAGAUGAAUGUGGACGUUUGGAGGCUCCAGGUGACAUGCCUGGAAACGUUUCUUUACAAAAAGUCAAACAAAGAAACAGGAUAGAUAAAUCUGCUGCUGUUACAGAACCCAAUGUGCUUGAUCCAAUUGUAGAAGUGAAAUGUCGGACUUCUAAAUCUGCAGUACAGAAAAAAACCCCAGUUGAUUCAGGCAAAGAAACCACUGCACCCUCAAUAAAAGGCCCUGUAGCCAAAGAUGCUGCUGACAAGGCUAUUCUUGUAGAUCGGCUAAUUCCACCCACUAUUCUACCUCAAGGUCGCCAGCAAAAAUCAUCCCUCUCGACAUUCAGUUCCUUACCUGAGAUAGAUCCCUGCGACCUGCAGGAUGGUCCCAAAGGUGCAGAAGCUGUUUCCAGUUCACUAAGCUUGGAAUCACUUCCACAAGAAGGGCUGAGUCUUCCUGAAGCCAUCUACAUGUUGACACAAACAAACGAAGACAUCAACAACAAGAGUGACAACACCGCUGAGCCGAGUUCUUCCUCUGGUUGCAUUGCCGUGUCCAAAGUCAGCAGUACAACAGAGGAGACGGCCCAGCCAGAGAAGUUCAAGGAUCUAAUUUUCACGCCUAAAAAGAACUUCAGUCCGGGUAAAAGUCAUGAGAAUAACUUGGAGACUUCCAGCUCCAUGCCAUUUCUCCAUGAUGAGGACUCCAUGAUGCGCACACUGAGCAAUUUGAAGAGGAUCCCUGAUGCCAUCAGCCCUCUGAGGAGCCCAAUGCGGAAAACCAGGAGAAGCCAUGUCCAUGUGGACGGCAAGCCGGGUCAUGUCAAGAGCCUUCAGAAAGAGUUCUCCAGCCCACCUAUUGAUGCUAACUUGAAGAAGUUGGAUGUAAACAAAGAAAACAAAUAUCCAGGUUCUCCUGCAAACAGUGACCCACAAAAUGUGGUGGACAAGGAGUCUGACGUGCCUUCAAGCCUCUCUGACAUCGACUUAGAAGAAGGGGAAAUUAUCAGUGAAAGUGACGAGGCAGCAACAGGUUCUCCUGCUCCGUCAACCAAGAGGGCAAAGUUGGCUCAACCAAUCAAAAGUAAAUCAAGUCCUAGGUCUUUAUUACACAGGACAUCUGAAGAGAAGCGAGUUGUGUCUAAUGAAAUAAUUGAAAAAGCAGGUGCAUCGUCGAGAAGUCCAAAGAGUCGAUUUAAAACAGUUUGUCCUGCAGCAACCAAAGCUUCUUUUGCCAGUGUGGAUGCAAUAAUGGGAACAUUCAAGCAGGUCCGCGCUGAGAUCCGAAAAAAGUACAUGAAGCUUCAUAAAACCUUUCCCAAGAAGAGCUUCUUCGGUAUGAUGCACAAUUUCCAGGAGUCUUUCUUAAAUUUUGUGGAUGGCGCCAAUUUUGUUCAGGUUUGCAGCCAGGAAGGGGAGCUCAAGUCCCAGCUGAAGAAACUGAUCACUUCUGUGUUUGGCAAAGUUUCGAACAAUGGUAUUGUGAAACGCAUCUUUGAACAGCAAGCAUUCGACCUGAAGCAGAAGUUGUGGGACUUUGUAGACGGCCAAGUGGACUACAUGUUCAAGGACAUUCAUGUGACACUGAAGAGCCUUUGCAAAACAACAAGAGCUCAGGCUGAGGAUAAAAAGCCCAGUGGAAACGAGAAAGUUUCCACACAGGCUCCAUUGAAGACUCCUCAUUGUCAGGAAACGAAAGCACAAUCUGCUCCAACCAGCCUGAAUCAUAUCAAGCCUUGUGCCGUGGCGCCUUACAAAACAGGCCUUGGUAGCAGAGGCAAAGAUAUCAGAAUCACACAGGUGGAAACAGACCAGAAUGCUGACUCGCAUCCAACAAAUACACAAACUGUGGUCAACUUCCUGCCUCCUAAAAAUGUUCCUUCAACCCCAGACAAAAAUAACACAUCAUCUUUUCUUGUCCCUCCAAGUGGCUCUCUGCUCGACAAAACAGACUUUCAGCUUCUCACAGAACAGCAAGCCUCCCGUUUGACAUUCAACCUGGUGACAGACUCUCAAAUGGGAGAGAUCUUCAAGUGUCUCCUCCAAGGCUCUGACUUACUGGAAACCAGUGGCAUCACCGGAGAUAACACGACCUGGUCCCUCAGUUCGCCAAGGAAGGACGGGGAGAGACUCCUCAGCAUCACAACUCCAACCAAAUUCGACUCUCCGUCUAAACUACUUUCCCCGCUGAAGUUCGACACUCCCUCUAAACUGAUCACGACGUGGUCCAGCAUUUCACCUCGCAAGAUAUCGUCUCCGCGACCCAAAGAUCAGCCGCAUCUCAAUCCAGCUCUGUUUGAUGAAAGUUGCUUGUUAGAAGUGCCAACAGAGAGUAGAGCAAUGCAGCUGUCCGGUUUGGCUUCACAUAGGUCGUUUUCCAUUCUGGCUGAAGAUCUGGCCGUCUCGCUCACCAUCCCAUCCCCCCUCAAGUCCGACAGCCUUCUCAGCUUUCAGCAGCAGCCAAGAAUGCACAUCAUGUCCACUCCAGACAGCGUCAUCAGCGCUCACAUAAGUGAGGACGCUCUGAUGGGCGAGGAAGACGCUAGCGAGGAUAUCCACCUGGCCCUCGACACGGACCUCUCCAGCUGCAGCUCCAGCACCAGCCUGGACUCUGAACCACUCGCCACACCUUUUGUGUUCAAGCCCGAGCUGCCCGUGCAGGCACUGGUGAUGGAGCGGUCCAACGAUCAUUUCAUUCUGAAGAUCCGUCAGGCAGCAGCAGGGGCGGAUGUGACGCUCACUGCCGACGACAGCUUGAGUCAAACUCUAACAGAAGAAGUUCAACACCAUGACGACGCCAUGGCAACUCAUGCUGCAGAUGAUUUCUCAGACGAAUCCAAGAAAGGUACAACAUCAAACGCUGAACCAUCAGAGACCAACCUGUGUAACGCUCCUAAAACCUCAGAGAUCUCUCAGACUGCCUCUGGAGAAGAAGAGAGUUUGAUGCCGACAAAGGAUCCAUCCCCCAAAAAAGAUAAUUCAUCACCGCAACGAAAUACCUCAAAGGAUUGUUUUUCUGAAGAUUCCCAGAUAUUGACUGAGUCUCUUAAAGUUCUGCCUCCUUCAGAUAAAAGUUUGCACAAUGCUGUUGAGAGUGCUGAUCAAGUGUUUGGUCAGAUCAGCAGAGAAGAUGUCAAAGACGCUGCUAACGAAAGCUCAAGGCAAACGAGACACAACAGAAAGGAUGACAUGACAAGUCCCUCAAAAGCUUCACUGUCAGGUUACAGUCCACGUCAUCUGGCUGAAAGCUCUGAGACAAAUCAAAGCAGCCGGUCGUUUGUGUCCCGUGAUUCUGACUCGGAGAGACAUGAAACGGAGGUGUCCGAGUCGGAGAGGAGUCUCACCAUCACAGAGGAUGUAAGCAGCACACCAGAGAAACACAUAAAGGAUGCUGGGAGAAACAGAAAACGGAAGAAGCAGCAGGAAAAAUCCAAGGCCAAGAGGUCAAGGAAGGAAGAGGAGGAGAGUACGGAUGAGGUGGUGUCUAACUACCAGAUGGACAGGAGUGAAUCCAAAUCCUCCCCGGGAUCUCUGUCCCCCAACAACCUCUAUGCCAAGAACGUCGUCAGGAAGAAGGGCGAGGUGGUGAUGUCCUGGACCAGAGAUGAGGAUCGAGCUAUUCUGGUUGAACUGAAGAAGAAAGGAGCUUCCCGCGACACUUUCUCUGCUCUGUCAGAGAAACUGAAUAAACCAUCGGCGCAGAUUGCUCACAGAUUCAACCAGCUCAUGAAGCUUUUUAAGAAGAUGGACCCCUGAUCACUUGAGACUGUGAGGAGGAUUGUUUCAUGAAAACGGAUCUUGUGUUUGGAACAUUUCUACACACCAACAACACAGGUGUGCAUGCGCUGUUUUUGUAGCGCUGGAAGACGUGAACGCAGAGUCAGCGGAUCGAUCCCCACACGAACUCUUUGCUCUACGAUGUGGGGACCCGCUUACCCCCUCCAUCAGAUGAGUUGACAGGAGAUGGACGGCCGUUUGAAACCACAUCGUCGGAGUGUGAAGUGUUUCCUCUUUAUACUGUUUUGAAAAAGAAUUUGAAGUGUGAAAAAUAAGAUUUCAACAGAACUGACAAUAUGGAUCACUACACAGUAAAAUAAAUCAUCAGUGUUAGUUGUUGAUGCACUUUUUGGUGUCAGACUCCGCACUGCACACACUACUUCUGUUACGUGCUGAUGUCUGCUACUCAUGCAGCAUUUACAGCAUUUCUCUCUCUUUAGGAUACACCGACUUAACAAACCCUCAAAUUAAUAUUAGUCCUUAACUGAUGUUUUCCUCAUACCGGCGGAGGAAAACCCCCUUCAGACUCAGAUGAAUUCAGAGCACAGGUGUUCAGAUUUUAGUUUCUAAAACACUCAAACAACUGUAAGAAUAAACCUUGGGUGAAGCUAUGGGUCUGACAGGUUGGGCUAUUUUAGUCCAGUUUUCUAUUUUGGAUAUUAUUUUAAUAGGUGUAUUGGUGUAAGAGGUCGGUGCUUAAUUGGUUUGAAGUUUAUAAUGUUUACAUGCCCGAUUCAUGUACAGGACGAUUUCCUUAUGUCUGUUAAUCAAAUGAAGCAUUUUAUCUGUUGGCCCGAACAGCUCUUUGUUCAAUUUAGCCCAGUGCUUAACAACAGCAUGGAACACAAAUGAUGUGAAUAUUGUGCAAAUAAAGUUUUAUUUAUUUA